GCUCUUUAUAAGCUCUGGCAGAGGGUGCACUGAGAAAGUGAGUUCCCCCCAUCCGCUCCCCGCGUCCCCGCCGCUGUUUCCCGCUGCACCCCGCGCCCUCGCCCGGGCCCCGCGUCCCGCGUCCCGCUCCCGCUCCCCACCCCGCACAGCCGGCCCGCCGCCAUGGAGCGCUGGUCGUGGCCGUCGGGCGGCGCCUGGCUGCUCGUGGCAGCCCGCGCGCUGCUGCAGCUGCUGCGCUCGGACCUGCGCCUGGGCCGCCCGCUGCUGGCCGUGCUGGCGCUGCUGGCCGCGCUGGACUGGCUGUGCCAGCGCCUGCUGCCCCCGCCCGCCGCGCUCGCCGUGCUGGCCGCCGCCGGCUGGGUCGCCUUGUCUCGCCUGGCGCGCUCGCCGCGCCUGCCGGUGGCCACUCGCGUGGUGCUCAUCACCGGUUGUGACACUGGUUUUGGCAAGGAGGCAGCCAAGAAGCUAGAUGCCAUGGGCUUCAUGGUGCUAGCCACUGUGUUGGACUUGGAUAGCUCAGGCUCCCUUGAGCUGCGUGCCUGCUGCUCCUCACGCCUAAAGCUGCUGCAGUUGGACCUGACCAAGCCUGAGGACAUCAGCCGGGUACUGGAGUUCACCAAGGCCCAUACCAUCAACUCGGGCCUGUGGGGUCUGGUCAACAAUGCCGGUACCAACAAUGUGGUGGCCAAUGUGGAACUGUCUUCAGAAGCCACAUUCCGCCACUGCAUGGAAGUGAACUUCUUUGGCACACUGGAGCUGACCAGGGGGCUCCUGCCGCUGCUGCGCCGCUCCAGCGGUCGCAUUGUGACUUUGGGCAGCCCAGCAGGAGACAUGCCAUUCCCAGGUCUGGCAGCCUAUGGAACCUCCAAAGCAGCCAUGGGGCUGCUCAUGGAUUCUUUCAGCUGUGAGCUCUUGCCUUGGGGGGUCAAGGUCAGCACCAUCAAGCCUAGCUGCUUCAAGACAGAGUCAGUUUUAAACGUGGAUUACUGGGAGGAGCGUAAGCAGCUGCUGCUGGCCACCAUGUCCCAGGAGCUGCUACAGGACUACGGUGAGGACUACGUGGAGCACUUACACAAGGCAUUCCUGCAGUCGCUAAGCCUGGCUGUGGCAGACCUCAGCCCCGUCAUAGAUGCCAUCACAGAUGCGCUGCUGGCAGCUCAGCCUCGCCACCGCUACUACCCAGGCCCAGGCAUGGGGGUUAUGUACUUCAUCCACUACUACCUGCCAGAGGCACUGAGGCGCCGCUUCCUUCAGUCCUUCUUCAACAAUCCCUGUCUGCCAAGGGCACUGCGGUCUGGCCAGCCUGGCCCUACUCCUGUCCAGGAGGCAGGUCAGGGCCCAGACCUGAGCCCUACCCCCAGGGUGGCCUGAUGAGCUGUGUGAAUGUAGCCUAGUUGCUCUGGCAAUGGAGGUCCUGUGAGCUCUUAACUUUCGCUGGAUGCUGGCACCGGCCAGUCUGCCCUAUAGUCUAGCCUGAAGAGCCCUAUCUCAGCCUACUGCCCAUGACACAAGCCUGGCGAGGCUGAGCCUUCCCAGUGAGCCUCUCUACUGCUUCCUGAGCCCAAACAGACCCUCUUGGGCACAAGACUCCAUUGAAUAACUUGGCUAACCCAGCUGGAUGGGGAGUUGAGAGGACUUAACUUCUGACAGGAUCCUGCAGGCAGUACCUCUGCAAAGUAAGGUGUAUCUCAGCAGGUUGGGGAUACCCUCUCCCCCCCACCCCCACCUCAGCACUCUUUCUCAGCAUCAGUGCUUCAGUGCUGCAAUUUGAAGGGUGAAUCUCAACUGUUUCUUGACUGGCUCAAGAAUUAGGACCCUGACCACCUAUCCAAAGCCUCCCAAACAACAGAGGGUUACCAAUGCUAUUUGUCUGAUUGCUACUUUUUAAAUAAAGCUCUAUUUCUCCUAGAA